GCAGCAGCAGAAGCAGGAGGAGCAUCAGGCUGAUGGGAUCUCUUCAUGGAUGAGGAGCCUCUGAUGACAGAAGUGUCUUCAAAUGACAAGACCCUGGAGGAUGCACUCACCUUGAUUUUCAGACAUCCUGCACUGGAGAGCUGGUUCCUGGCGUUGGAGCUGCGCUCUAUUCCUCAGCCUGGUCUGAACCCUGUCACUGUGAAGCUCCUGUCAGCUCACCUCCAUUCUGGGGUGCUCCAGCUGCUGAAAACGAGAGAUCACAGACACGUCUUGUCCAAGUAUUUCAAAGCCAUCACCAAAAGUGUCCUGGAAGAGCUGCAGACUGGGGGGAAGGACCAAAGCCAGGUCUAUCCCAGGAAGUCUCACCAGCUGCAGGCUCUGGAGGAGCUGCACAUGUACAUGACUGCAGCUCAGCUGAAGGAGAUCACUUUAACCAUGCUGCAACUUCCUGAGAUGGGCUUGGCUUCUCAGAAAUCUGAAAAAAUCCCCUAA